CAUACGUGACCGGAGGAUGUGAAAGAACUGAGGCAGCAGCUCGUACUCCGCAACUUAUUGGGCAGUGAUGAAGAGGUGGCCACCCUCUUCAACAAAAUAACUAUUGACUUGGUACCAGAUUCUGAUGCUUAGAAGUUAUAAAGGUGUAAAAGAGGAAAUUCAAAAGCACUAUAAGAACCAUUUCACUGGCCCCUGGACCGUCCUGGCAUUCCUGGGUGCAGUCUUAGCCCUCUUCUUUAGCGGCCUUCAGACUUACUUCACCGUCUUCCCUCGUCGCAACUGAUCACCAUCAUUUGUUAAAAUUGCAGAAACGUAUGCCUGGGAGUCGGGAGGACUUUCCCACGGAGGAGGUGCAUGCAUCAAUGAAGAUCGUAAGAAAUGAAACCGGUCAGGCAAGAGAGGGCAGUGAUCACCAAUCUGCCAUUGCCAGCAAGCAGCAUGGAAAAACGAGAAUUGAUAUUGUAGUAGAAGAUAACGCUAGCAGCAGCAGGGAGAAGAGGUUUAAAUCUGUAAUGGGUGGCCCAGAAGACAGCAAAAGGAGUCAAUUAUCUGAGACUAAAUGGCCACGGAUACCCAAGGUUCCACAUAUGCUGCGACGUACCAAGGAUUUCAAGAUACUGUUCGAACCCAGAGUGGUUUCAGUGGGUCCUUACCACCAUCACAAGCACGAUCUCAGAGCAGCAGAAAUGCUGAAGCGCAUAAUGGCCAAACGGUUCAUCCUAGAGAAUCGCCAGGCAAUUGAAGUUUUGUACAACAAGAUUGUAAGCGAAAUCUCAGAAUUGAGAAAUUGCUACAAUAAGAAUGCGACAAAAAAAUAUAAUGAUGAAGACCUGGCCUGGAUGAUGCUGGUGGAUGGGUGUUCCUUGCUACAUUACAUUCGCUGCUACACAGAGGGUAAGUUGAAGGACUUGCCUAUUAAGUAUCACAAUGCAGCCUUUGCGCAACAGGACUUGUUCUUGCUGGAGAAUCAACUUCCGUUUCGGGUUCUGGAGUUGUUGCUGGAACCAGGAUUCGAAGAUGGGAUGCAAAUGAUUGAAAAGUUCAUCGGAUCGGCUGCUGAAACUGACCCACCGGCUGUAAAAUCUGACAAUGAAGAAAAGCCCGCUCAUCUCCUCGACCUCCUGAGAAGAAGACUCCUAGGCAAUCAAAGAGCUAGAGAAACAGAGGCUGGCAAUGGUACAGGUUGGAACUCAUUUCGGAAUGUGAAUGAGCUGAAAGCAGCUGGGAUCCGCUUUAAGCCUGCCAAGUCGGGUUCCUUGAGAGACAUUUCCUUCAAGUCCUACAUCCUCUUAGGAUUUCUGAAACUUCCUCAAAUCACCAUUGACGACUCGACUAAAUCAAGAUUCUUGAACUUGAUAGCUUAUGAAAUGUGUCCAGAGGUCCCCAAUGAGCCGGUGGUCACCUCUUACAUAUGCUUCCUUGAUUCACUCAUAGAUGACCCGGAGGACGUGAAAGAGCUGAGGCGGCAGCACGUACUUCGCAACUUUCUGGGCAGUGAUAAAGAGGUGGCCAGACUUUUCAAUGAAAUAGCUACUGACUUGGUACCAGAUUCUGAUGCUUAUAAAGAUGUAAAAGGGAAAAUUCAGAAGCACUACGAGAUAAAAGCGAGCACUUGGAUUGCUGAAGUGCUUCACAGCCAUUUCAGUAGCCCCUGGACUGUCCUGGCAUUCCUGGGCGCGGUCGUAGCCCUCUUCUUUGGCGGCCUUCAGACUUACUACACCGUCUUCCCUCGUCACAACUGAUCACCAUCAUGUGAUAAAGUUGCAGAAGAAGGUGCGUGAAUUAGAGACCUUCGUGUGAUAUUAGUGUGUGGUUUUUUUUUUUUUUUUGACGUUUGGUGCGUUUGUGUUUGAGAUAUACCUACCUCUACCUGUGUGUGUAAGAUUUUGUGUCCAUGAUUGCUAAAUUUGUUUGUCAAGUAAAUAAAGAUGGAUUGAUGCAAUACUUAACCGCCUUUAUAGUUUA